CACGAACUGAAUUAAAUUAGAGAGAGAGGGGGAGAAAAAGGGAGAGAGAGCAUCAGUGUUAUUCUGCAUCACACAGAGAGAGAGAGGCUCAUCACACACCACAACCAGCGGCUUGUUUUCAGGCCAUCAUGACUAAAGAGGAGAAUCUGGAGGUGCAGGAAAAGGAGAGGCACGACCGCGAAGAGCAGGAGGAAGGAAAGGUCAACAAAGAGGAAGAGGAAGCGCUGACCGAGGAGGAGGAAGAGGAGGAAGAGGAGUAUGAGCUAGGAGAGCAGAGGGAGCUGGAGGAGAGGGCUGGGGUGGAUGAAGAGGAGGAGGAAGAGCCAGAGGAGAGAGAGGAGGAGGUUCCAGCUGGUGAUGAAGAGCGUGAAGUGGAGCCCGAGCCUCUGUCCGUGUCUCAGUUUCAGAGUCCGGUUCACGAGCCCCGCAGAAGACCCAUAGUGCAUCACUCCGCCCAGGCCCCGCUGCCCAAAGACUACAGCUUCACCUUCUUCGACCCGAACGACCCGGCCUGUCUGGAGAUCCUGAUGGAUCCUCGGACCUCCAUCCCUGAGCUGUUUGCCAUCGUGAGGCAGUGGGUUCCUCAAGUUCAGCACAAGAUCGACAUCAUCGGGAAUGAGAUCCUGAAGCGCGGUUGCCAUGUGAACGACCGAGACGGUUUGACAGACAUGACGCUGCUGCACUACAGCUGCAAGGCCGGGGCGCAUGGAGUCGGUGACCCCGCUGCAGCGCUGCGUCUCAGUGCUCAGCUGAUCUCUCUCGGUGCUGAUGUGAGUCUGAGGAGUCGUUGGACCAACAUGAACGCUCUGCACUACGCUGCGUACUUUGAUGUUCCAGAACUGAUCCGAGUGCUGCUGAAGGCCAGCAAGCCCAGAGUGCUGAACUCCACCUGUAACGACUUCCACUACGGCACGGCUCUGCACAUCGCCGCCUCCAACCUCUGCCUGGGAGCCGCGAAGUGUCUCCUGGAGCACGGAGCCAACCCCGUCCUCAGGAACGAUAAGGGCCAGGUUCCCGGAGACGUGGUCCCCGACCCGGUGGACAUGAGUCUGGAUAAGGCCGAGGCGGCGAUGGUGGCUAAAGAUCUGAAGCAGAUCCUCCUGGACGCCGUGCCGCUGAGCUGCAACCUGCCCCGAGCCACGCUGCUCAACUACGACAACAUCCCCGGGAACCUGAUGCUCACCUCGCUGGGCCUGAAGCUGGGCGAGAGGGUGCUGCUGGAAGACAUGAAGCUCCAGAGAGACCUGAGCAGAGACGACAGCCCGGCGAAAAACCUCCGACAGGUGUUUGUGUCUCUCAGGCUGGGCACUCUGAGGUUCUGCGGCACCACAGAGUUCGCCAGCGGUCAGUGGGUCGGCGUGGAGCUGGACGAGCCGGAGGGGAAGAACGACGGCAGCGUGGGGGGCGUCAGAUACUUCAUCUGCCCUCCAAAACUAGGGAUUUUUGCCCCGGUGUCGAAGAUUUCCAAAGCCGUGGAUCCGGUCCCGCCCUCGGUCACCUCGACGCCCCGGACCCCCCGCAUGGACCUGACCUCCCGUCUGACCGGGAAGAUCAAGAAGGAGAAAGGGAAGAAGGACAAAGAGAGGCAGAAAGCCCAGAAGAAGAAGGCGUCGCUGGCCAGUCUGGACCCGGACGCUCUGAACGUGGAGGUGGGGGAUCAGGUUCUUGUUGCCGGGCAGAAACACGGCAUCGUUCGUUACUACGGGAAAACAGACUUCGCUCCAGGUUAUUGGUUCGGUGUCGAGUUGGAUCAGGCGACAGGAAAACACGACGGCUCGGUUUUUGGAGUCCGGUACUUCAGCUGCCUGCCGAAAUACGGAGUGUUUGCUCCACCAUCCCGCGUCCAGAGAAUCGGAGGUCCCAAAGAAGGCUCACAGAAUGAAAAGUCCACGGUGAAGAAAGUCCACCAAGUCACCAUGUCGCAGCCGAAGCGUAACUUCAACACGAUGCGAAAUCCUAAAGAUCUGACCUCCGAGAACUCAAUAUCCAGGUUGCUGUUCUGCUGUUGGUUUCCGUGGAUGCUUCGCUCUGAGAUGCAGUCCUAACAACUUCCUGCGAUCGAUCUCUCUCCAUGUUCUUGUUGCUCUCCUCACC